AUGGCUGGAAUCAAAGACAGAUGAAAAUUUGAGAAGGUUAAUGGACAGUUUAAUGAUUUCUUCAACACAAAGGGUUUACUGGAAAAGAGGUCAAUUUCCCUGUUUCUUCAGAAAACAGAACUGUAGGAAAAGGGUUGGAGUGACUAAAUUAGUCAGAGAAAGACUGCUGAUUCUCAAGAGUCGCCAGCCCCUGGAAUGAGAUCUAACAAGACAGGUUUGGGAUUUUCUUGACUCAAAUCUUUAGAAACAAGCUGGGAUUUUACCGGACUGGAAAUGUUUUAGAUAUGGGUCUGGGAGGUCCAGCCUGGGAUUUGGUGAAUCUCAACUUUUUCGCUGCUUCAGGUUAUUCUGCAGGGGAAUAACAGUACUUAGCCGGCCCAGAAAGAAAACAUGAUAUAUUACCAGCUGUGAUUAAAGCUUAAUAACGCCUUGCUUCUGUGGAGUCCAUGGAAAACUUAGGUAAGGGAGUUUAAGGGGCACGGAAUCCUUCGGCAGAUAGGAAGGACCUUUGUUGGUGACUCUGGAGCAAAUGUAAUCCCAAAGGGGACACUUGUUUCCAUCCACAGCCUCGCUCUGCCCCCUGCUGUUGGCUACAUCGCUCGUUGUACUCCUGGGUUCAAAAUUAUUUCGAGGGAGAGGAACAGGAAUAGGUGGAAAGGGGAUUUCAGGACCUCAGAACCACUUUCUCCAUGGAAAAUAAACCCGUUUUGAUAAAUCUUGGGACAAUCCUCCCCCAAAGAACAAGUGUCACUCAUAGUCUGAUGUCAAAGGCUCCCCCAGCCUGAGCGUUGGGCGGCAGAACAAAAUAUCAGAUGAGAGGUGGGGAAGUUAUCUGUAACGUAGGUGACAGGAACCAGGGAGGGUCUACCCGCCAUGCGCACCCCAUUGUGGUUGCCCAACGACUGCGGGGCGCUCAGAACGGCGUUGCGGGGGCGUUGCUCAGAACGGUUCCAGGGACCGGGUUGGGCGGAUCAGUUUCCCCGCAGGAGGCUGCAGACGCCGGUCCUGGGACAUGGCCCAAGAAGCUCCAGGUAGAUCCGAGGAUCACAGUUCUCGCUUUCUGGGGAGUUGAACUCACCAAAUGGAUGUCUAAGUGACAUACUAUGGAGCAAUGUGAAAAGAAGCAGCAUUCUUGCUGACUACAUAUCAGACCCUUUGCAAUGAGGAUGCAGAAAUCCUCUUGCUACAUUCCUAUUGUGAGACCUGCAACCCUGUGGGAGAGAAACAUAUCCCAUGCAAAUACCCCUCAGAAUCAACAACAGAACAAAGACUCCCAAAUGCCCAGCCCUCCUCAUGAAAUACCUGCCUUACCUUGCUCCAGAUUCACUGAUCACAUGAAGAAUUUCUCUGAAUCUCUUAAACUUAGAAGUUUGUGUUUUCUGCAUUUUCCAGGAAAGAUUCAGACUCCAGUGGCAUGUAAAAGCCUGCUUUAUGUCCACCCACACACCGUCCCCAGGCCUCCUGUUGUGAGUGCAGCUUCAGAAGAAGAGAGUCAUGGAGAAGCCAGUUCCUCCCAGACACCAUCCAAUCAAUUCGAUGAGACCCUACUGAUCUUCACUGUCAGACGAGAAAUUAAGAGAGCCAGAGGAGCACCCCGUGAGGCCUGGAGCAGUCCAAUUUUGGCAAAGCACAUGACAAAAAAUCUUAUUAGAUCCCACUCAGUCACUCCUUUGCACCUGGAGGCUGCAGGCACGCACAUCAGUAGGCACAGGAGACUUCAGAACCGGCCCUCCUGCGAUGCCAGGGGAUAUUCUGCCCCACUUGGUCCCGCUGCGAGGCAUUCCACCGCCAUCGGCCUCUGCAGGAAAAGCCAGACCCCUUUGGCCUCGUCGGAGGUCCCCCGGAGUUCCUCGGAGCCAGAGCUGGAGGACAGGAAGGCAGCCCCAGGAGGCGCUCAGGCGGACCCCCAUCGCCAAAGCCGACCCCGGGGCGCGCCCCUAAGUCCGGCUGGAGGAGGCGCAGUUGCCAUGGCACCGGAGAUGCUCCCCAAGCAUCCUCAUCCCCCGGGGAAAAGGGAGCCCAGGGUGGACGCCUCCCUCCACGGCAAUCUGGCAGGAGCGUCCCUUCCUCUGCUCGCCGGUGCUCCCACCCAUCUCCCCUCAAAGAAGUUAAUCAAGGUUUGCUCUUCUCCCCCCGCCCGCCCACCCCAGCGUUUCCAUACGGUUUGUUCACAGGCCCCUCCUAGGCCGGGGGUGAAUGCUCACUUACAUUGACCGCUGCGAGGGAAUUGUCCGCGGGUGCUGCCCAUCUUCAAAUCAAUGCCUGCCCAGAACAACAGAAAAGGCCUCAGAUGUACUGGUUUCCACAGAACCAUUGUUAGGCUUUUGUGAAGCAGUUUUGAACCUAAUAAAUAAUG